UGUUAAUUGUGUACAGUACAUACAUAGGUUUAAAUCACCAGACCAUUUGUAAUUUGGAUAUUAUUUGAUAAUUUUUUCAUAAAUCAAUCAGGAAUUAAAUCCCCUUUUGAUACAUGUACAGGAUGCCUGUAUCAAAAGAAGCACAACCGGAAGUUAAAAUCUCGUCAGAGUAUGAACUCUGUGUAAAGACACCACAAGAAAGCAAAGCCUGCUAUAUAACCGGAAUGGUUCUCCUUUCACCUUCAAAAUUAAUUCUCGCUGACAACAGAAACAGUUCAAUCAAAAUGGUUGAUCUGAACAACAGUUCCAUAGCUGAUCGGUUACCACUAGAUACUCAACCCUGGGAUAUCACCUUAGUAACCGGUGACCUACUUGCUGUCACGCUCCCUAACAAGGCUUCAGUCCAGUUCAUGUCUGUCUCUUCAAACAAACUUUCACUCGGUGAAACGCUGAAGGUUGAUGGAAGAUGCCAUGGUAUAAGUUAUUUCCAGGAAAAACUUGUACUUACACGUUCCUAUCCUGGGAAACAGUGCCUGCAAUUUAUUGAUUUGAAAGGAAUGGUGUUGAAAAAAUAUAUAAAAAUCUCAGAUUCUGAAAUGCCAUGUAAUGUUACAUCCAACAACCACUAUAUUUAUGUAUCUGACGCAGAGGGUGCAGUUUUACGGUUGGACGGCGAAGGUGAACAAAUAGGAGGAAAGUAUGAUGGAUUGAAUCAGCCAAGAUCUUUAGCUACACUAGAGGAUGAAGAAUCUAUUUUAGUGUGUGAAUAUGGAAAUGGUAAGAUACAAAAUAUAUCUUGUGACUUGACUAGGGCCAGUGCUUGGUUGGAGGGUCUGACAUCGCCUUGGGGUAUAUGUUGGUGUGGUACAAGCAGAAAAUUGUACGUCAGUUAUGCCAAAAAUGACGAAACAUAUGACAAUGUUGUUCAUAUUUACAAAAAGCUGUAAUUCAACAUUAGUAUUUGCCGCUACCACUUCGAGUGUACUUGUUACAUAUCAUAUAUUACAGACUGCAUGCAUACAUUACAUACGUGUGUACAGAUAUAUCUUUUUUUGGAAAUGUUAAUAAGUCUUUGUUACUUUUGAAACUUAUACCAUUCAUAUUUUGUUCUGUUCAAAGCAUACCUCUUGUACUGUACUGUAAUGAUCUCGUGGAUUCAAAGCCCUUGUCAAAAGCGUAGAAACUUUCCCCCGAUCAUUUUACUUCCUGCUUUUACCUGCAUGUAUUUUUUUUUGGUCUAAAACAUACAUGCUAGGGAUAUUAUAUUUUAAGCUAUUCAGUGCGUUGCAAAAUAAAAUUGACGCAAAAUUCCAUAAGGCAUAUCAUAAAUGUGGAUUUGGCCAUCAGCACUGGUACAAAAACAAAGCGUCAGACAUUUUGAAAAGAAUUUAUUUGAAACCAAAAUAACCCUGCUAAUGUACUUUCACCAUCUUUGUAAAUAAUGCACGUGCACUUUCUUUCUGGUCUUGUGCCAGUGAGUAUUGCCAGACAUUUGUCCAUAAUCACACGAAUUCAUGUCCAUAGAUAAUGCAAUAUUUUGUACACAUAACCCGUAAUAUUGUGCCAUAUAUUAUUCAGUAUGUCUAAAAAAACAGCCGCUUUAGAUAUUAUUAGAAUCGAUCUGUUUUGCUGAUUUCGCACAAAUGAUAUUCUUAAAUAUGUACCAACGUGCUAUCUUAUGUCUCUGCCUUGUCAAACGAGAUCUGUAAAAGUUGGUUUUUUAUCGUUUAUUGAAUGGUUUGCCUUCUGACCUGGGGCAGAUAGUUCUGACUAUUAACCGACAAGCCUAAAUGAUUCAGUAAGUAUAUUAUCUGUGGAGGAUACAAGGGUGCGCACCCUAGCCCCUCCCUAAAUCCAGUGAGAGUACUCAUAAUUUUAACAUGUCCGAAACAUUGCAAAAUGAUACUAAUUCCAUUUGGGCAAUGAUUACAUUUUACUCGGACUUUAUCAUAGACUUCCAGUGUAAAAUCUCAAACUUAAAACUAAAAUCAAAGUAUUUAAUCCGUAUAAUAUUUAAAUGAAACUUCGAAGUUUUGUAGUUUGUAGCAUUGUCUUCGGCAUAUGCAGUGAAAAAUCUAAUUUAAUUUCUGAAAAAAAGUGUGAGAUUUAUUUCUAAAAUCACUAUAUGCUCAUUGUAAAAAUACUUCGCUUUACCAAAGUGGAAGCUGACGGGUACUUGAAAAUGCAGCCCUCUAACUCCUGAAGUAAAGUUAUGAAUAUUUUUGAUAUCCUUGAAUUUAGACGUCAGUCUUUGUGGCUCCACGCACAUACACAUGCUCCUCCAACAAAAACUGGAAUCCAUCCCUGGUAUACAAAUAACCGUCAAACCAUUGCACAAAAACAUGCAAGCACACUAUUUGUUGACAAUAGACUGGUCAUGUAGCACCAACUAUGGACCGCCGGUUAUACAAUGAAUGUAACAGACAUGCUUACAUCAACAUGUGCAAAUCAAAUGCAGCUAAUACAACUGCAUAAAAUCUGGUACCAACUGCUACGUUACAUUUACGAGUUUUGAGCUUGAUUGAUAUCUGCAUAUAUCAUUUAUUAAACUUAAAUAAAAAGGGAAACGAAACUGCUCUUCUGUGCCACACAAAUAUUUUAAAUUAAAUUUAAUGCCGCCAUACAUUUUAUCGGUCUUUCCAUGCUUGAACAACUCUUUGAAUAUUGUGUUUUGUCGGUUAAGAUUUAAACAAUCUUUGCAAGGGUGACGUUGAUAACGCUCAAGCAGCGCUCAAACCUACAAAGAUAAGGAAUACAACGUGCAUCAUACAUGCCUGGGCCAACGGAUAGUGUCAAAUUGUCUGCAAAAACAGUUGUGAUAAUUUCAUCAAGGACUAUUCCAGCAGUAAAGCCAGACAUUUCAUAUUCAAAUAAGCAUUUCAGAAAAGAUGAUAAAGUCUAAAAAAUAUAUUUCGAAUCGUUUAACUUUAUUUAAAGAGGAUAACUUAUUUGGCAAUAGCCAGUCUAACAUAUGGUCCUCUACCAUAAUAAGGUGAAAAUUCAUCCUAAUAUAUACAGUGAAGUGAAAGACAUGAACAAAAGUAAUGUAUUAUGUACAAAUUAAUUCUUAGUGGCAUAAACAGUAUGUAGUACAAUGAACACAGAUUAAAAUAAGAUACAAGGAAGUGUUUAACUACGAUUACGAACGGUGUACGAACAAUUGGUCCAGUGACGCGAAAAUAAUUAUGAACUACUUAAAUCUAAAUCAUGAAUUUACGACAAAAACUACUGUUAACUUAACAACUGUGAAUGGUUGUUUAAAGACAAAGUACAACAUCAGAUGGCAAAAUGACAUCAUGAAUGUGAAUAGGCUACGAACUUAUCGCCUGUUGAAAUCCUCGUUUAAAAAAUGAGGAGUACUUAACACUGAAGUUCGCUGUUGUGCCAAUUUCGUUUUGAAAUCCGCCCGUUAAGGAUAGAAACCGGUCGCUUCGGUGGCAAACGUCUGGAGGAAAGACUGUCUGUUUUGUGACAAUAACCAGAUUGAAAGUGAAACUCAUUUUCUGGUAUCUUGUGAUAAAUACACAACCUUGAGAAAUAAUACAUUUAAUGAUAUAAACACUUCACAGAACAGUUUAUCUGAGACGGUUCUAUUAAGUUUAUUAAUGCAGUCAUAUACUAGAAAGGUAGCAAAAUAUAUUGUUAAAGCAUUCAUAUUACGAAGAAGUUUAUUAUAUCGUUAAAAUACAUACUUUUAAAUGUACUGUAUAUUGUAACUGUAAACUAGUAGUGUUCUUUUUGAAUUUUCGUUUCGUUUCAAGACCAACACUUUUGUUACAAUAUAUUUUAACAGUUCAAUUUCACAUCUCAUUCUUUUCGCUUCGUAUAAGGUUGAUGUUUGUGAUAAUUGUACACAUAUAAUGAAAUCGCACAUGUAUGUAUGGUAGUACGUUUUGUGAUAAUCAUUGCAAUCAUAAACUGUAAUAUAGCUAUAGUAAGGAUGAGAGACAUAAUUUAAUAUAGAAAGUCGCUUUUGCAAUUUAACGUUGGUGUUACACUAAUGCUAUAAAUAUAAUCUGUCUAGUAUUACUUCAUCAGAUAAAACUUCUCAUUUACAUUAAAUUCACUACACUUUUCGAUUAAUUAUCCUAAUACUAAGCCUUAUUAAUCCGUAUCACUGAUAAUUAACUAAAAUUCAUUUAAUUAAGUCUUCAUUCAUAGGGGAGCUUCAUUUCAUUGUUUUAUUCUACGAUUGUUUCAAAUUUUAUAAUCGCCAUUCUUAGAUAUUCAAGUGCAAAUAAUUUUGAAAAUUGUAAAUACAUGUACGUUAUAAAUAAGGUACAUACAGGUCCAUUGGGCCGGGUGUAAAUUUCAUGUUUCUUGUUUAUAUGUAUCAUAUCAUUGUUGUUACACAUGUCACUAUAAUAAAUCAAUUUCUUAUCUUA